AUGGCAAGCAGCCCAACCUGGGAGGUCGUGUCGUCGGAGGUGCUGUCAGCGGCGGCGCUGGCGGCGCUGGCCCAGCGGCCCCACCACUCGCUCUCGGAGUCGACGGAGGAGUUGGUGCGCUGGCUGCAGCCCUGGGUCCUGCACCUGGCCUCCCUGGCGGGGCUGUGGGCCUCCCCGCCGCCGCCGGCGGCAUCGCCCCGGCCGCGGCUGCCGCGGGAGACGCACCCCGGGUUGACGGCGCGGCGCUGGCACCGCCACCAGCCAUCGGGCCCGGGGGAGUCCUCGCGCCCGUCGGCGCUGCGGCGGCCGCUGGCCUCGCAGUGGUGGAAAGCCGACGCCAAGGUCCAGAAUAACGACGGCGGUGUCGAGAACCAUCUCAUGUGUUACCAGAUGCUCGAGAGUAUGGCGGCUUUCGACCAGCUGAAUUUGCCCGACAUCGCAGGUGCCGAGAUCAUGUCCCGCGCCAUCCAGCUCUCCGAGGAGAGGUGUCGACUACCGUUGCUGAACGUCUGCUGGUCUGCCCGCUGGCACCCUGCUGUGCUCGCGACCGAUGCCUCAACUUUCGGUCUAGGCGCGUGCACCCGGCAGGCCAACCCACACGACGUCGGGGCAAUCGGCAGGAUCUCGGAAAAAUGGCGAUUCAAGGUCGAACAGUGCAUUGACGCCCGUAACCACGCUCUCCUCGACCCUCCCCGCGCUUCUCCCGCCCAUGCCGACCGACCCCUCUCGACCUCCCACGACGGCAGCGACGGUUCUGUUGGUGGCGGCGGUUACCAUCUACCUCUUACCGACUGCCUCGACGGCGACGGCGACGACCACCCGAACUCCCUGCCGACUUGUGGGCUGGAUGGCUCGGCGGGCAAUCGCAGCACCCACGACGGCGACCGCGUCGGCGUUGGUCAGGGUGCCGAUUCCGGCGUCCACGACAGGUCCACCGCCAGGCUCCAGACGACCUUCGACUUCUGCCAACUCCCGCUCCAGCAUCAGAUGCCGAGGGCCCACCGCCGCGAGGCGACGUCCCGCCAGCAGCGGGUGAACGGCGAAGCCGGCAGGCUGAAGAGGGGGAGAUCCAUCCGAGCGCGAGCUGCCGCCACCAUGGUCGCAUCAGCCACCGCGUUCCCGUGGGUGAGUGUUUUGGAGAAGAUCGCUGUGGGACCAGGCGCCGUUGCGCUGUAUUCGAGGACGCUUCGACAGUUCCUGGUCCACUGCCAGGCACUGCAGCUGACUUGGGGCAGCAUGGCGGAGCUGGACAUCAUCGUUGUGGACUACCUCAAUGCCACGUGCACAGAGGGCCACGGAGCCGACGAGGCCAGCCGUUUGAUAGCAGCUCUGGGGUAUGUAUCUCCAGAAUUAUACAAGAAGACCCGGGCUUCCCUGCCGAGAGCGACCGGAUGUGCUGUCAGCUGGAACCGACGCACCCCUGCCCAGUCUCGACUGCCACUGCCUCGUCUGGCAGCCUUGGCGAUCGCGGGCGGGAUGAUUAUGCUCGGAAUCCCUCGGAUGGCCAUCGUGGUGGCAGUCUCCCACGCGCGUUACCUCCGCCCCAUCGAGGCAAUGGCCCUGGUCGGCAAGAGCAUCGUCGCAGCGGUGCCGGCCGCCGGCUCGGGGUACACCAUGAUGGGCUUGGUCUUGCACGAGACGUCUCUCGGCGCCCCCGGGAAGACAGGGGCCUUCGACGAAGCCGUCGCCAUAGACGACCGCUGGUUGUGGGAGCCCCUCCUGGGCUUGAAGGCCUCCAGCCGUCCAGACAGCGCGCAGUGGAACUUCGACGGCGAGCUGUGCCGCGAGGUGUUCUCGGCUGUCGCCGAAGGCCUUGGCUUGGGGCCAUUCGAUCCGCACCCGUAUCAACCUCGACUUGGAGGCGCGUCAGAGGAUCUAGCCACCCAGCGUCGGACUCCCGAACAAGUCAUUCGUCGAGGGCGGUGGGCGACAGCCGCAUCCCUCAAGAGAUAUGGGAUGGAGACCAAGUUGCUGCGGGUGAUCAACCAGAUCUCUCCGUCCGUCUUCAGCUUCGAAAGCGAGGUGCUCCACCACUUCAGCCAGGGCUUGCGGACGGGCGUCGGACCUCGGCGAGGUCAACUGCCCGUGCCGGUGCUGCUGGGGUCAGGUGUGCGCCGGGAGGUUUCAAAGUUCACCGAGAGGGACGCGCAGAGCGCCGAGCGCGCGGCGGUGGCGGCCGAGCGUGCGGCGGAGGUGGCCUUCAUGCGCGAGCGCGGCGAGGGCCCGGCGCUGCGCCCCGCGCGGCCGCGCGGCCGGUGGCGCCUCCGAGGGAGCGCCGCGGCCGCUGGCUCCGGCGGGGAGGGCGCUGCCUUCGUGCCGAGCUCCACGAUCGCUGCCCGGAGCAACCCUUCGGCGGCCCGCAGCAUGCGCACUCCCGACCGGGAGUGGCACGCCGCGAGCCCGCUGGCAGCAUGCGCCGCCAAGAGAGCGCCGCGGGCCGCCUCGGCGGCAGCGCGGGCUCCGGUGGAGUCUCUGAGCGUGCCAGCCUUUGGUAGCACGCCGUCCUUCGCCUCGUUGCAUCUAGGCUUGGCGAGCGUGGUGGAGGAGGCCGACGCCGCGUGGCGGGGCGCCGCGCGCGCGGCGCGAGAGGCCGCCGCGCGGCGCGAGCUCGGCGAGGCCGCAGCGCCCGCGGCGCCGCUCGGCGCCCGCGCGGCCGCCCCGCGUGGCCCGCGGCGCGGCCGCCUCUCGGGGGCCGCGGGCACCGGGGCCGCCACGGGGCCGCACACGCGGGCCGAGCCGGAGGGGAGAGCGGGCGGCGCGGCUGGAGGGGCCACGGGCCUCUUCAGCCCGAAAGUCGACACCGACCACGAGCGGCUGCGCUAUCGGGGUUGGGAGGCCGGCGCCAACUUUGGAGGCGAUCGGCAGGAGGCGGGGCCAGAGCUGGAGCUCAAGGUGUUGGAGGCCCAGAAGGAGGCGGACCCGCAGCUCUUGCUCGAGGAGCUCUGCGGCGGUAUAACCUCUAUGUACAACCUGAAGGGCCACGGAGCCGAGGGCCGCAGGAUGCACCUGGUUGCCGAGGUGAUACUUGUGCGCCCCUGGCCCCAGCCCGGCCUAGCGGAGGGGGCGCGGCCGGCCUCGCGCAUGCGCCGCCUGGCGCUGUGGAGUGCGCUCCCCGCGGCGACGGGCGCGGGCCCGUCCGAGGGCUGGCCCGCGGUGGACCUCGAGGUGAGCUUCGGCGCGCGGACCAAAGAGGUCCACCACGCGCCCGUGUCGCCGCCGCCCCGCGCUGACCGCAGGUGGGACCCCGCCCCCGCGAGCCGGGCUAGCGCCGCCGCGGGCGGUGCCAGCGGCGUGGCGUCUGGCCUGUCCAAGCCGCAGCUGGCCAUCUUCUGCCACUUGAAACAGGCGGCCGGCGACCGCUUCCAGACGGACCCGCCGCUGCCGCUGGCCAAGACCUGCGCGGUGGUGAGCCACUCGGGCGGCCUUCUGUUCCACGAGUUGGGGAGGGAUAUCGACGGCCACGAGCGUGUGAUCCGCUUCAACGGCAACCGCGUCAAGGGGUUCGAGCGGCACGUGGGGAAUAGGACGGAUGUCCGAUUCGGCAUCUUCCCUGGGCUCGAGGACACUGAGGUCGGCGACGUCAUCGUGCACAGCGUCUUGCAGCCAAUCUGCGGGCAGGAGGAUUGCCACCACAAGUAUGGCAGGCCCGUGCGGUCCAUCAACGGCCCGCCCGUCGACGCCGACCCCACGUUCGGUCGCAUCAUGAGGAAGCUCUACCCCAAUAGGGCGGGCCAGAGCCGUGACCCCAGCGCUCGAGCUCACCACGGGCUUCGACGGGACUCGAUGCUGCUUGCGCUCUCCAGCUGCGAGCGCGUGGACGCGUUCGAGAUGACGCCGUCGGACGUGGCGUCCAGGUGCGGCGGUUACGCGUACGACGACGAGGACGCCAUGUACCCGGGACAGGCCGACGUGAACUUCUGGCACGGCUACUUCAACGCCGAGCACGACCUCUGGGCCAGGCUCUCGGUGGAUGUCGGCCUCCGCCGGAAGCUUGGGAAGGUCGUGCUGCCUGGGUUCUCCGUGGUGCGCUGCGAGGGUGCGCUGCCCGCGCUGAGCUCCGUCGAGCGCGACCUGGUGGCGCCCGUCUGCGAGCGCGACCCGUCGCGGUGCCCCCCGCCGCGCAGGCUCGUCCGCGGCAGCGCCGGAGACCCCGGCGCGCCGCGCGCGGCGGCGUGGCUACUCCUCUUGAUCCUCCCCGUGCUGUCCCUGGGUGUGCUCCCGCCGCUGUGGCUGUGGCGUUUGCGGCCAGCGGCCGCGGGCAGCCCGAGGGUUGGAGCCGAUCUCGCCCCGAUGCUGGCUGCCCCGGUGUGCCAGCCGGGCUGAGCCACCAGCGGGCGGGGCGCGGGCGGCCUCGUGCUUGGUCGCGGAUACGGACAUGUUUUCACCCACGGUCCACCCCGCCCCCCCCUCACCUCGAAG